AUGCUUCCGUCAACUUCCCAGUCUGCAGGGGACGUUAAACACGGGGAUGGGGUAGCAAAUGCCCCAGGCAAAUGGCAACCAGCGCGCAAACGCGCCUACCGACGAGCACUCGCCCGGGCCCAGAAAAGCCCGGCGGGCGGGGUCAUGUACAGAGGUCACUGGCUAACUGGAAGAGCCGAUCUUAAGGAUCGAGCUGACACCAAGGUUUCCCAGGCAGCCACGGAGGCCAGACCCACCAUCGAUGUACUUAGCUGGAACUGUGGAGGCCUCACCUCGGCCAGGUAUGCCGAGUUAAAGCAGUGGCUCCACAUGCAGACCCCACAGGCACGUCCAGGGAUCACCAUCAUCCAGGAGACAUUCUGGAAAAGCUCCAGUGAGUGGGAGGACGAUCUGUUCUCCUAUGUACACUCAGGCACGAACCGCAAUAAAGAGGGGGGCCUGUUGGUGAUAAUAUCCAAGCAAGUGUGCCAAUCGAACCUUAUCAGGUAUGAUGAAAUUCAGCCGGGCCGCCUUCUCCACGUCAGGCUGGCAACGGAGCCGUGUACCAACUUGCUAGCAGUCUACCAACACUCAUGGCGAAGUGACCUCAGCACUGCCGCAAAAGAGCUGCUGCUCUCUAAGCGUGCCACGGUUUGGCGCAGGAUUCAGCAAUUUGUGCAUGGGACCUCUGCCCGGUCCCAACUUGUGUUGGCAGGUGACUUCAACUGCCCUGCCAAUGGAUGUCUGCCUUUUGUUGGAAAGGGCUACCGUCGCAACGUCCGUGCGGGGCACCGUGAACUUCCGCCCAUGGCAGCUGACUCGGAUGAAUUUCUUGAUAUCUUGAAGAAUGAGGACUUGCAAGUACUCAAUAGCUUUGGCAAGUCGGGCAUGGCCUGCAGCACAUACAUCAACGCGUCGCAAAAGCCUGUCCAGGGAUCGCAGAUCGACUUUAUCAUCAUGCGCCGAUCUCAGGCGGAUGACGGCAGUCGCUGUGCCCAGCUUCUACGAGACUUCCCGCUUCUCCCCAUUGAGGGCAUGUGGCAUUACCCACUGCGGGCACGCUUGCCGUGCCCUCGGUUGCCACGACACCAAAUGCGGGGACAACGCCUCACACCUGACUCUGCUUCACUGGCCUUGAACCAACAGCCUGUCAAGGCACAGCAGUUCCAACAGUUGGUGGCACAGGCACUUGACCAGUGUGUCGACAUGGAAGGAAUCAACACUGCACUUACUCAGUCCUGGUCCCAGGUCUUCGGGCCCGUUCGGCGACAGAGUACGGUCCAUGCCAAGGACUGUUGUCUUGCGAAUAUGUGGCACCAUAGAACCAGAGCCACACAAGCUAGGUCGUGGAUGGCCCGAUGGCACCACAUCUCCCGAUACCAGGCCAUUCGCCGCACUAUUCAGCAGCGUGUGCGGGCUGCCAAACAAGCCAGGCUUCAGCAACAACUUCUUGAUGCUGAGAGUGCGAGCACCCGAGGAAACCCCGGAGCAUUGUAUCAAAUCAUUCGUCGCAUUGCACCAAAGCUCCGACGGAGGAAACUGCAGUUGAGAGACGAGCAUGGCCGACUGCUUGGCCCCCGAAAGGAGGCGGAACACAUACUUGCUCACUACUCGGAAGUAUUUGCUUCAGCUUCUGCCACGGAGGACUCCUGGCUGACGCAGCCAUUCCACUUCGAGGAAAUGGAAUUCCAGGCCGCUCUUUCUGAACUUCCGUUGCAUAAAGCCUUGCCUGCCCACUGUGCCCCUGCCCCACUCUGGCGCUGGUGUGCUGACACAGUCAGUUCGUGCACGGCUCGGCUCUUGAAGUGUGGCUUGCAAGCAGGAUCGUUUAGGCAGCAGUGGCCACUUGAAUGGGCGAUCUCAUUUCUGUGUCUCUUACCCAAAACAGAUCAGAAACUUGACGCUGUGACCAAGCUCCGCCCCAUCUCCUUAUUGCAUCCUCUUGGUAAAUCCUUCGCUGGCAUGCUCAUGUACCGGGUUAGGGACACCAUCGCACACAAGCUGGCGGACACUCCACAAUUUGCAUACUUAGUAGGGCGUUCAACAGCGGAUGCGGUUGAUCGGGCUGUGUGGCACAUCCACCAGACUAGGCAACGGGUCGGUCAACAGUACACGAUCCACCACAGGCGUGCAGGUAUACCUCAGCACGAGAUCCGCGGCAGCCUUACUUUGAGCAUUGACUUACGUAGGGCCUUCGAUUCCAUCGACCGGUGUCUUAUCGCUAAGUCGUUGGAGUGGGCUGGCGUGCCCACUUCUCUGGUCGAGGUCAUUGUCGGCAUACACGAAGCCAUGCGUGUUAGCUAUACUUCUUGCUCGGGAGAGGCCCUGUCCACCGCGACAGGACGCGGCCUCCGACAAGGAUGCCGUUUGGCCCCUAUCAUUUGGGCUUGCAUCACUGGCUAUCUGAUGGCCAAACUAGGCCCGUUACUUGAUCAAGGAGAGCUGCGUCCCCUGCUCACUCUGUUCGCAGAUGACACUCUGGGCCAAUGGGAGAUACAAUGCAAAGAGCACCUGUCCAUGGCAUUGACCCAGGUUGCCUUCCUACUCGACUUCUUGAAGGCACACAACCUGUGUGCCAAUACAGAGAAAUCGGUGAUCCUCAUCAAGCUUGCAGGUGCCAAGCAUGUGUCGCUCUGGAAAAAGCACACAACGCACGACCCCGAGCUGGGACUGUGCGCCAGAAUUCCGUGUCAGGGGCAUCAUGUAUUGCUUCCUGUCAAGUCCAAGCACAAAUACCUAGGAGUAAUGUUGUCUUAUAACCAUUUGGAACGCGAGACGGCUGCAUAUCGAACACGUUGCGCCCAGGCCAGUUUCGCGAGGAUCCAGGUGGCCACUAAGCGCACCAGUAGACUUUCUCUGCGCUGCAGGGUUCGCUUGUGGAGGGCAGUGGUGUGGACCACGAUGUGCUACGGCAUUGAUUGCACAGGCCUCGACAUCGUUGGACGCCGUCAGCUUUAUGCCACGGCAGUGCGACACUUGAGAGCUAUGGCCAACUCGCCGUCUCACAUCAGCAAGGAAACCACCUCGGCCCUUCUGCUCAGGCUGGAGCUGCCACACCCUGCGGAUAUGCUGCUGGACAAGGCAAAGGCCAGACAUGAACGCACUAGUCAAUCACAGGUCUUCGCAUUGCAGCCACAGGGCCUGACACAGGUUUGGGAGGCUGUUAGGAGCUCACUUGAAGUGCCAGGUAGGAAGUCCCCUGCUCCCUCCCAACCAGCCGUUGCGGUGACACCGCCGGCUGUGCUGUCUGCUGUGACACAGGAGGACAACUGCCCACCUGAGCCUGCAGCUCAGAAUAGCCCGGAGGACCCGGUAGCCGUGCUAAACACAACACAUGCUGAGGUCCCGACCCCCACUGAGACGAUACCUCCGGCUCCGAUGGAAACGGGUGCCCAUGCUGACCUGGUGUGUCCUGUCUGUGACUACCAAGCUGCUGACACCACGGCCUUGAGGUACCAUAUGACCUCGAUUCACGGCCUUUCUGAGAGGGAGCUUGCCAUGGCCACAGCUGCACCGUUCAAGUUCGAAGAACAUUCGUACGCGGGCAUGCCCACUUGCAAACACUGUCGUAAGUCCUUCUCUGGCAUACCUCAGUUUCGUAGACAUAUCGAGGCCCAAGCAUGCCCUGUCCUGCACGGAUACACGAACAAUAGCAGGGAUUACGGACAGCAUCCGCCGCUCCCGAAAGAAGCGAGCACAGAAAGCACUCCGCUCAGGGACAGGCCGAGCACGCUCCAACAUCUCAGCGAGGGGGGCUGGCUGCAAUUGGCUCAAUCCCCAGGAUUUAGGGAAGUUGCACUGGCACACUGCCCGCUUUGUCACCUUUGGGUUGCCAACAGUAGUGGUCAAGUCAAGAAGCAUAUGCGCACAAAACAUGGGGACCAACAGGACUUGAUUCAAGAGGUCAUUGAAGUCUGUCGUAAGUCGUCUUACUUUAUCCAAUCCCCGUGCCAGUUGUGUGGCAUUGCUUGGAAGGGGGCACGAAUCCGCCACCGCGAAGCCUGCGCUGUGCUCUUUGCUGCGCGGCUGCUAGCUGCUCACCACGGCUAUGUUUUCCGAGAUGAGCAUGGAACCCGAGCCAUCGCCUCUGAUGGAGUUCGAGUCGGUGUUCAACCAACCGCUGCCGAGCCCGUUCCCGUCCUUCCGCCACCCGCCGUCGGCACACCCGAUGCCGCCAAAGCGAAGAGGGGAGGGCACGGCGGAUAUUGGGGAAAGGGCCCGAACAAGGGCAAAGGAAAGGGCACUCAUCAGACACCGUGGCAGUCGUCACAGGAUCCCUCGUGGCAGCUGGCACCAACGUCGUGGCAUCCGAGCUAUCCGAGCUACCAAGGCUAUCAGGGCUACUCGGACAUGUAUGUGACACAGCAGGAGAUCCAGCUGCUUCGGCAGCUGCUGGUGCGACACGAGUGGGAGCUAGCAGCUCUUCGUGUGGAUCGAGGGUUCGUUCUCCACAUGAGGUCGGGCCCGGACGGCAUCCUGAGAGAGGUGUUUCAAGCGAGCAAGCUUUGGAACGAGGCGAAGACCCAGGGUACCCUUCAGAAUCUUACAUUGCGCCAGGCUCUCCUCAUGAAGGUCUUCACUGUCCUGAAGGAUCGAAUGGAGCAUAUGAACGAGGGCCACAUCGCCACAGCCCGCAAGCACGGUUGGCUCAGCCGGGACGGUAUGCAAUGGCAGUAUCUGAAGUGGUCACAGACUCACGAGAGCCUCAUCCCGGAGGAUCCAGUUCGACAGGUCCCACACGACUCCCUGGUGCAGCACAUCACGUCGAUCCUUCGAGCAUUGAACAUGGACCACAUGAUCCACCGCUUUGCAGCGACUCGCAAGCUAACAGAGAAUGUGGAGAACACGAUGCCAUUCCUGUUGCAGAUCUCCCUUCAGGGCCAGACAUCGCAUCAAUUGUUUCAGGCUCUUCAGGACUUGUGCGGAGCGGGAUGUCUUCAGCUUAUCGGCAUGACAAUGCGUCGCGAGCGACUGGAGUUGCAACCCAUGGCCAAAAAGCUGAAUUGGUGA